AUGCAGACUGUGCUUGGAGCUACAUGCAGAUCGGAUGCUUCAUCCAACCUUUGUCCGAGUGCUCCUACUGGCUUGAGUUUCGUUGUCAGUGGUCCGCUUGAGCUGACUCUUACGUGGAAUGCAGUCAACACAAGCACAAGCUACGUCGCUGUGAUCUUUGACGUGUCAACAAGAGCAGAAUACUAUUUCAAUGCAGGUUCGAGCCUUUCCUACACCUUCACAUCUGCUGCCAGUACAGACAUGGAUGGAAAACAGUUUUCUGGACUGGAAAAAAGUGGUGAGUAUCAAGCAAGCGUCUGGGCGGUAAACUCUUUCGGUGGUGGCAAAAGUACUUUACCGUAUCUAGACGCCUUUGCAGCAGAUUAUCCUGACCCUCCAGUCAUCGUGUCAUUUUGCAGUGAGUUGACGGCUAGUGGAUACUUUCGCUGCAACGCAAACCCUACCCCUCAGCUUAUUUGGAAUCUUCCUUCAGAUUUGGGAUUGGGUCCUAACCAAGCUGUCACUGUUCUCGCUUUCUACAUCAAGAGCUCCAACAGCCAGGCGUUUGAAAGUGGACAAGUAGUACGUGUGCUUCCAUCCUCAGUGUUGCAAAAAGAUGGAACCUACGCGUUUCUGCAAAUGCCAGAUAUCUUCGCACAGAUUUGGAUCGAGACGAAAGCAGGCAAUGGGUCUGCUUCUACUUCCAGCUUGGAUGGCGAAUGUUUUGGAAGCUUGCAAGUCCAAAUCACUUUUGAUGAAGUCAAUCGUGGUGGCAUCAUCCCUGAAGCUUCAGCGGGGGAGCCGUCUAUAAAUUUGCGAAUUCACGUCGAGAUUCAAAAUUUUCUUCCUUCAGAUGGAUCAAUGUACAUAGUAUUGCCCGAUGGCUAUUCUUUCUCCGGGACACCCUCUGUUUCAUCUACUGUCUAUCCCUCAAAUCAAAACUUCGGUAUCUUUCAAAUUUAUGGCUGUGGAGCAACUAGCUGCCUCGGUGUGUCGCAGGCAAUAUGCAAUCGCACGACCUAUCCAUGCGCGUCAAUAUUGGUCGUCAAGACUUUUGCCAACGAUUGGUUCAGCACUUCUUCUUUUGAUCUCGUCUUGACGAAUGUGAAUGUAAGUCCUUUUGCAACACCUUUUUCAAAGUGGAAGAUGGCGACGUUGAAAAAGAGGAGUGGCGUCCCAGUGGUAGUCGAUGUAUUUGAAGGUACAUUGCAUACUAUUCCAAAUCAAUUCAACAAUCUCAGCAUGCAAACCAGUCUCCUUGCAGUUGAUUCCAGGCCAGAAUUUUUCAUCAAAUUUACAACUUUUAAUUCCAUGCUAUUUCAAAAUUUUGUCGAGAUCACUUUACCGCCUCAAGUUAUGAUCGUGGAUACACCUUCAGUUUUGGAGUCAAUUUUCGGAUUGACGAGCAUUCGUCGUAUUCCAAUAAUCAAUCGAGAAGUGUGCAAUGGGUCUCGACGCGCAAGAUCUACCGGAAAUCUGACCUUGUCGAUGCUGGUUCCAGGUUUCAAUUCAGCUCAGAAGUUGGUCAAUGUUUCGGUCUUCGGGUUAUCCCUGGCAAGAUUGGCAGGAUGGUCUGACAAUUUUCUGGUGUCUACUUUGGACAAGUAUUCUCAGUACAUGGAUCAAGGUUCAGUAAGUGCUGUAAACCUUGGUUCUCCCAACCUGACACUACAGAGUCAGAGGCCUUUGAACAGUCCCACAAUCGGAAUGACCAUCGUGACACUUACUGGAGAAGGCUUUUCCUUGGUCGGAUAUAAUCCACUCCUGCAAGACUCACCGAUUCAGCGAGGUUCAAGCAUCGGCGGCUCACAAUGUCUGGCGACAUCUUGGAAGUCCGACUCAAGCAUCCUUUGCAUGUUGCAUCCAAUUGCAGGCUUGUUGUUCGGCGAAGUGGUAGUUACUGUCCAGAGGAAAAUAGCAAGCUCAAAUUCGCUCGUAUUUUUUGACUACGGAUCUGUAAGCACUUGCACAAUGUCGAAUGUGGGGGCACGAACCACAAGUACAGUCAUCGGCUCAUCCUUCAUGACAUCGGAUGUAUCGGUCAUUAUGAGAGUCUCUUUCACCAGCUCUGAAUUUUCAAAAUGGGUUUCCGACACAUCUGUACUCAGUCUUCCAGCAAUGUCACCAAGAUCUACAGAUGGUGUAAAAGUUACAAUAUUUUCAGGGGUAGCUACGUCAAGUCAAGCUAUGACAUUUGACUUGUACAUGUACCAAAAAGUCACAACCAACACGAUGGUCUUUGAAACUGUCAAUCUGAAUGUCAUCGGAACCUACCAUCUUAUUUCGUUGGCAAUCCGCGUUGGAGCCACAGCUUGUGAACGCACGUCCUGGUUGAGUAGCUCUUCUGUAGAUGCAAGACUCUCACAACGAGGAGCAGCAUCACUGAAAUUCGUCAUCACAACUUCCAGGCCAUUUUCCGCUAGUGAAUCAAUCACGUUUCAUUCUCAUUACCUCACCUCGACCAAGCUUGCAAAUGUAAAUGCAAACAGGAUCUCUGAUAUAUUCCUGGGUGACCUUGUGUUUCCAAUAAGCUUACGAGCAAGAAUAGGAAACACAGGUGCAGAGGCAACUGAGUGGACGUCUCUCACAAGUUUGAAAGCUAAAGUCACAAAACACAGCAAAGCAAGCAUAUCCCUAGCUGUGACCCAUGUAACAACAAGCACCGCAUCACAAAUGACAAGCUACAACAUGCCCUCCGUCUCGACAUCCCCAGGAGCCAACAGCCGCAUGCUGGACGGGUCAAGGUACAUCGAGCUAUCCGGGAUGGGCUACGGCCUGCAGUCGGUCACCCCAAGCGGACGAGUGGGAGUGACCAGGGCAGCCCAGACGGCGUGGAAGUCAGACAGCUCAGUAGUCUGCAGCAGCCUGAGGGCCGAGAGCUCGGGGUCGAGCUCGAUUGCGUUGACGAUCCGGGGGUCGGUAGGCUCAUUGACGGAGUCGGUGUCGCUAGAAGCCGCCGUGGUGUCUACGUUCAUGGGGGCGAACACCAGAGUGUCCGGGAGCGCAGUCACGCUUGUAGGAGCGAUGCUGGGCAAGGAGUCAGUAUGCCCAGGCGCACGAGCUGGAGGGACCAGCUGCGGGGCUACGCAAUGGGUAGCAGACACGAGCAUCACAUGCAUCCGGGCAGGGCUGACGAGCGGGCUGGGGGGCAGCAGCAAGGUGGUGAUGACGCUGGGGAGGUCAAGAGGGCAGGGGAGCAUCUCGGAAGCUCUGAGCUUCGACGCUGGCUCUGUACAAGGGCUGCUCAACCAGGUCAACGCACCCCGGGGACAAGCAGGCGUAGCGACCAUAGUUGGGAAGGAGUUCGGGCCGUACGGAAUGACCGGGCAAGUCAGAGCAGGCGGGUCUAGCGCGGCAUCAAGCUUGUGGACAUCAUCCACCAGCAUCGUGUGCAAGAUCCGCGAGGGGUCGGGGGGGAGCCAUGGGAUGAUCAUCACCAGCGCGGGGCGAGCAAGCACGGGGACCGCCGUGCUGAGCUACGACAGCGUAGGGGGCGAGGCGAGCUGGAGCUGGAAGGGGCGGGCUAACCUUGCGAGCCGGGGAGGAGAGGUAGUGCUAGCGAGCGUAGCAGGGCAGCAAGGCUGGGCUUGGACAGGGCAGGCGAGGGUGGGGUCGACCGGGUGUGAGCGGAGCUACUGGCUGUCAUCAUCGGGUGUGAUCUGCAAGAGCGGACGCGGCCCGGACAGCAGCCGGGGAGUAGCGCUCACGAUGGCCGCACGAACAGUCUCCGUGACUGAGGCCAUGAGCUACGACGAGGCCGCGACAGCAGACGGGCCGAUGGCAAACUCUGGGAAGGCUUUGGGCAGGGGAGUGACGCUGAGCGGGAGCGGCUUCGGGACAGCCCUGCUGAGCGUCGUGGUCAGAGCAGGAGCAACCAGCGCCACCCAGACGACGUGGGGGUCCGACACAGGGGUGUCGUGCAAGACAGCCAGCGGGAGCGGGACGAGCCUGUCGGGAGUAGUGUCAGUAGGGAGGAUGGUAGGCGGUACACACACUGAGCUGGUAUCGAUGGACGCGGGGCUGAUGAGCACUGUGAGCAGGGGUAACGUAGCAGCCGCACAGGCAGGGUCGGCAGACGCUCAAGGCUCGAUCACGCUAUUUGGGAGAGGUAUGGGGCUGGUGCAGUACAGUCCUACGAGCGCGAUCGGCGGGUCUAGGGCAGAGAAGACCGCUUGGCAGUCCGACAGCACGGUAGCAAGUCUCCUGAGCAGCGGUACAGGAAGGUCCAUGGCUGUCAGGAUGAGCAUUGCGGAGCAAGCACGGGUAUCAGGGAGCUUGAGCGCAGCGGUGAGCUACGAUCCGGGCAGCUUGACGAGCUCGGUAGCGGGAGGGAACGGGCCCGUGCAGACCAUGGUGCUGGCGAUGUCAGGGACAGGGCGGUACGUAGAGUAUACCAAUGCUGUACGCAUGCAGGCAACAGCGUCUAGAGCAAGCUUCUGGCAAUCAUCUACCUCGCUGCAGUGUGCGACGUCUGCAGGCAUGGGAGGAUCGAACGUACUCCAGGUUAGUGUUGCUAGAGGCGUCAGCAGUCAGACAGAGAGCUCCAGCUACGACGUGCAGCUAGUCAGCACAGCCAAAGCCGGUAAUCUCGGUCUUGGGGGGGCAGUAGCAAUCCUAGUCGGGCUGUCAAGAACCCUGGGACACACGGCUCGGGCAAGGAUGUCUGGUACAGCGAGCAGUCUUACAUUAUGGAUCUCGUCGAGCUCGAUAGCAAGCAAGCUUGCUGCAGGCGUGCGAGGGAGCAGCAGCUUGCAGUCUACCAUUGGCGUGGUAGUCGGGAGCGCCACUGAGGUCAUGUCAUACGACAGCACAGGAAUGAGCUUGUCCGCAGAGAGCGUGAGCAACUUCCCGUCGUCGUCCACCCGUCUCACUACGAUCGCCGGCACCAGUGUACUACCCGGCAUGCUAUCGUCAACGCUACGCCUAGGCAAGACGUCCAGCACAGCGACGGUGUGGUCCUCAGGAACGAUGCUGCUGUGCAAGGUAGCGAGUGGCACGGGAGCGACGCUCCCGAUAUCUAUGACGUCCAGCCUACUCGGAGGCAGCACGACGGAGACGUCAAGCUACGACAUGCCUUCCGUCUCGACAUCCCCAGGAGCCAACAGCCGCAUGCUGGACGGGUCAAGGUACAUCGAGCUAUCCGGGACGGGCUACGGCCUGCAGUCGGUCACCCCAAGCGGACGAGUGGGAGUGACCAGGGCAGCCCAGACGGCGUGGAAGUCAGACAGCUCGAUAGUCUGCAGCAGCCUGAGGGCCGAGAGCUCGGGGUCGAGCUCGAUUGCGUUGACGAUCCGGGGGUCGGUAGGCUCAUUGACGGAGUCGGUGUCGCUAGAAGCCGCCGUGGUGUCUACGUUCAUGGGGGCGAACACCAGAGUGUCCGGGAGCGCAGUCACGCUUGUAGGAGCGAUGCUGGGCAAGGAGUCAGUAUGCCCAGGCGCACGAGCUGGAGGGACCAGCUGCGGGGCUACGCAAUGGGUAGCAGACACGAGCAUCACAUGCAUCCGGGCAGGGCUGACGAGCGGGCUGGGGGGCAGCAGCAAGGUGGUGAUGACGCUGGGGAGGUCAAGAGGGCAGGGGAGCAUCUCGGAAGCUCUGAGCUUCGACGCUGGCUCUGUACAAGGGCUGCUCAACCAGGUCAACGCACCCCGGGGACAAGCAGGCGUAGCGACCAUAGUUGGGAAGGAGUUCGGGCCGUACGGAAUGACUGGGCAAGUCAGAGCAGGCGGGUCUAGCGCGGCAUCAAGCUUGUGGACAUCAUCCACCAGCAUCGUGUGCAAGAUCCGCGAGGGGUCGGGGGGGAGCCAUGGGAUGAUCAUCACCAGCGCGGGGCGAGCAAGCACAGGGACCGCCGUGCUGAGCUACGACAGCGUAGGGGGCGAGGCGAGCUGGAGCUGGAAGGGGCGGGCUAACCUUGCGAGCCGGGGAGGAGAGGUAGUGCUAGCGAGCGUAGCAGGGCAGCAAGGCUGGGCUUGGACAGGGCAGGCGAGGGUGGGCUUGACAGGGUGUGAGCGGAGCUACUGGCUGUCAUCAUCGGGUGUGAUCUGCAAGAGCGGACGCGGCCCGGACAGCAGCCGGGGAGUAGCGCUCACGAUGGCCGCACGAACAGUCUCCGUGACUGAGGCCAUGAGCUACGACGAGGCCGCGACAGCAGACGGGCCGAUGGCAAACUCUGGGAAGGCUUUGGGCAGGGGAGUGACGCUGAGCGGGAGCGGCUUCGGGACAGCCCUGCUGAGCGUCGUGGUCAGAGCAGGAGCAACCAGCGCCACCCAGACGACGUGGGGGUCCGACACAGGGGUGUCGUGCAAGACAGCCAGCGGGAGCGGGACGAGCCUGUCGGGAGUAGUGUCAGUAGGGAGGAUGGUAGGCGGUACACACACUGAGCUGGUAUCGAUGGACGCGGGGCUGAUGAGCACUGUGAGCAGGGGUAACGUAGCAGCCGCACAGGCAGGGUCGGCAGACGCUCAAGGCUCGAUCACGCUAUUUGGGAGAGGUAUGGGGCUGGUGCAGUACAGUCCUACGAGCGCGAUCGGCGGGUCUAGGGCAGAGAAGACCGCUUGGCAGUCCGACAGCACGGUAGCAAGUCUCCUGAGCAGCGGUACAGGAAGGUCCAUGGCUGUCAGGAUGAGCAUUGCGGAGCAAGCACGGGUAUCAGGGAGCUUGAGCGCAGCGGUGAGCUACGAUCCGGGCAGCUUGACGAGCUCGGUAGCGGGAGGGAACGGGCCCGUGCAGACCAUGGUGCUGGCGAUGUCAGGGACAGGGCGGUACGUAGAGUAUACCAAUGCUGUACGCAUGCAGGCAACAGCGUCUAGAGCAAGCUUCUGGCAAUCAUCUACCUCGCUGCAGUGUGCGACGUCUGCAGGCAUGGGAGGAUCGAACGUACUCCAGGUUAGUGUUGCUAGAGGCGUCAGCAGUCAGACAGAGAGCUCCAGCUACGACGUGCAGCUAGUCAGCACAGCCAAAGCCGGUAAUCUCGGUCUUGGGGGGGCAGUAGCAAUCCUAGUCGGGCUGUCAAGAACCCUGGGACACACGGCUCGGGCAAGGAUGUCUGGUACAGCGAGCAGUCUUACAUUAUGGAUCUCGUCGAGCUCGAUAGCAAGCAAGCUUGCUGCAGGCGUGCGAGGGAGCAGCAGCUUGCAGUCUACCAUUGGCGUGGUAGUCGGGAGCGCCACUGAGGUCAUGUCAUACGACAGCACAGGAAUGAGCUUGUCCGCAGAGAGCGUGAGCAACUUCCCGUCGUCGUCCACCCGUCUCACUACGAUCGCCGGCACCAGUGUACUACCCGGCAUGCUAUCGUCAACGCUACGCCUAGGCAAGACGUCCAGCACAGCGACGGUGUGGUCCUCAGGAACGAUGCUGCUGUGCAAGGUAGCGAGUGGCACGGGAGCGACGCUCCCGAUAUCUAUGACGUCCAGCCUACUCGGAGGCAGCACGACGGAGACGUCAAGCUACGACAUGCCUUCCGUCUCGACAUCCCCAGGAGCCAACAGCCGCAUGCUGGACGGGUCAAGGUACAUCGAGCUAUCCGGGAUGGGCUACGGCCUGCAGUCGGUCACCCCAAGCGGACGAGUGGGAGGGACCAGGGCAGCCCAGACGGCGUGGAAGUCAGACAGCUCGAUAGUCUGCAGCAGCCUGAGGGCCGAGAGCUCGGGGUCGAGCUCGAUUGCGUUGACGAUCCGGGGGUCGGUAGGCUCAUUGACGGAGUCGGUGUCGCUAGAAGCCGCCGUGGUGUCUACGUUCAUGGGGGCGAACACCAGAGUGUCCGGGAGCGCAGUCACGCUGGUAGGAGCGAUGCUGGGCAAGGAGUCAGUAUGCCCAGGCGCACGAGCUGGAGGGACCAGCUGCGGGGCUACGCAAUGGGUAGCAGACACGAGCAUCACAUGCAUCCGGGCAGGGCUGACGAGCGGGCUGGGGGGCAGCAGCAAGGUGGUGAUGACGCUGGGGAGGUCAAGAGGGCAGGGGAGCAUCUCGGAAGCUCUGAGCUUCGACGCUGGCUCUGUACAAGGGCUGCUCAACCAGGUCAACGCACCCCGGGGACAAGCAGGCGUAGCGACCAUAGUUGGGAAGGAGUUCGGGCCGUACGGAAUGACUGGGCAAGUCAGAGCAGGCGGGUCUAGCGCGGCAUCAAGCUUGUGGACAUCAUCCACCAGCAUCGUGUGCAAGAUCCGCGAGGGGGGGCGAGGCGAGCUGGAGCUGGAAGGGGCGGGCUAA